CGUUUGCAAAAACAAACUGACAAAUGAAAUGCUCCCGCCCAACCAUCUGUGUUUGGACGAAGCUCCUUCUACGGGAAGCUGUUGUUGAAGUUGGAUUUGAAAUUUAAAUUGCGUUUUCUUUUUAUUGCCCAACCGCCUGUGUACGCCAAUCCACAACGGGUGCUAUAAAAUGAAGGUACAACUUUCCCCCUUUGGACAGUAAACUAAUUUCAACUAUCGACCAAAAGGGGGAAAACAACCUCACCUCACAAGCGGUAAUCAUGCGAUUCUGGUUCGUCUUACUGCUCGGUGCACUGUUGUCUGCGCAAUGCAUUUCCACUGAUCCGUACACGGAGUUGGAAGUUUGUAGUGUUAGCUUGUUCAGCUUGAUUAUGACACGGCUUCAGCAACAGAUUGAAGAUUAUUCUGCAUGUCAACAGUCAAGCCCUGGCGGUUCCAAUUAUAAUUGCAGUGAAACUAUUUACUGGACAUCGGUCGAUCUGCAAAACGGGCUGCGAAACUAUACCGAUUGUACCAAGAAUUUACGAUAAUCGGUAUUGAAAUGUGUUAUCAUUAAUUGAUCUAUGUUGUGUGAUGUUUCAAUAAACUUCUUGCGUACCGAAAAAAAAA